AUAAAUAACAGCAGGAGUGAUCUAACCCUAUACAGCCCAUCUUCUACGUGCAAAACCAGCGUGCGGAGGACGGCCACAUCUCCCACCGAAAACAAGUGGAUCUCUGUGGAUAAGAUCACUGGGCAGCCAUGGAAGAACUUACGGCUUUUGUAUCCAAAUCUUUUGACCAGAAAAGCAAAGAGAGCAGCAGCGGCAGUGGCAGCAGCAACAAGAAGGAGACGAUCACGUACAGGGAAGUUUUGGAGAGUGGGUUGGCUCGCUCGAGGGAGCUUGGAAACUCUGACUCUAACCUGCAGGACAUGACCGAGAGCAGCAACCAUUGCCCGGUGCAUCUUUUCAAAGACCACGUAGAGAGCGACAAGGACAAACUGAAGGAGUUCAGCACGGGCAGGACGGCGGAAGGGAUCUACGAGUGCAAAGAGAAGAGGGAAGAUGUGAAGUCAGAAGAUGAGGAUGGACAGACCAAGCUCAAACAAAGGAGAAGCAGAACCAAUUUCACACUAGAGCAGCUGAAUGAGCUGGAAAGACUUUUUGAUGAGACACACUAUCCGGAUGCCUUCAUGAGGGAGGAACUAAGCCAGAGGCUGGGACUGUCUGAAGCUAGGGUUCAGGUCUGGUUCCAAAACAGGAGAGCAAAGUGCCGAAAGCAGGAAAACCAGAUGCACAAAGGUGUGAUCCUGGGAACCGCCAGCCAUUUAGACGCCUGCAGAGUGGCCCCCUACGUGAAUAUGGGAGCCCUGAGGAUGCCUUUCCAACAGGUAGUUAGCUCCGGUUUUAUUUUCCUUUCUCCCGGCAAGCUCCGACCCCCGUUCGUUCGCACGGGAAGAAGCCGGACACGUUUACAAGUGCCAUUUAUAUAG